GCGGCGGGAGCGGAGGCGACGUGUCGGAACCGGGACCUGGGCGCCAUGGAGCUGGAAGCGAUGAGCAGAUACACCAGCCCGGUGAACCCGGCCGUCUUCCCGCACCUCACCGUGGUGCUGCUGGCCAUCGGAAUGUUCUUCACCGCCUGGUUCUUCGUCUACGAGGUGACUUCUACUAAGUACACGCGGGACAUCUACAAGGAGCUGUUGAUCUCGCUGGUGGCCUCGCUCUUCAUGGGUUUCGGUGUCCUUUUCCUGCUGCUGUGGGUUGGUAUCUACGUCUGAGGCCCGGGCAGAGGAGCACCGGUACCGCCUUGGGAACCCCGAUGGCUGUGGGAAGCGCUACAGCGACUCUUUUUGUAUUUCUUUUAUACUUCAACAACAAAGCCCGUAUCAGGCAUGGACUGUGCUCCUGUCGAGUGACUUCCGCCAGCCCAACAAACCAAACCUGAAUAAAACUGGCUCUGUGACGCACCUGC